UUUUCAAAUGCAAAUGUGUCUGGCAUUGUAUACAUCGUUCAAAAUGUGAUAUUUUCUCAAUUUGAAGCUCCUUAAUAGUAUGGUUUACAAGGUUCUUGUCUAAUGUAAUAACAAUAUGACCACCUGGUAUACUCCCGAAGAAUUUUCCGCAGGAACAAACUUGCCAGUUGUAUCGCCUCCAGAAGCGUCUACCAUCCAAAGGGGUAACAGAAAAUUAAAAAGGUUAUCUGUAGAUGAUGGAUGUAAAAACAAUCUUCGCAGAAGUAUCAACUUUGAUUCCACUUCUGUACCACCAAUAAUAAGCGGAGAUUUGAAUGCAGGAAGUGAAAAGACUGGUACAUUUAUGAGUCUUCGCAGGUUAUAUGAUGGGAAGUCUAGGUUUCCUAGAAUUGAGAACAUGCCUCAUUUUCACUAUGAUGAAAUCGAUCUAGGUACUCCCAUUCAGGUUUCCCUGCUUAAAAGCUCUAAUAGCUUCAGUGGCAAACCUUCAGUGGAAGGAUUUAUAGUGAGUGUAACUUGUAAGGAGAAGUCAUGGAAUAUAAGAAGAAAUGUAGAAAACUUUACUGGAUUGGACAGACAAAUCCACAGGUGUUUGUUUGACCGUAAAGUCAGUCAGCUGCCAUGUUUAGUGGACAUUCUUGAUGACCAGCAACGCACUGCAGAAGUAGAAGGCAUUUUGAAUGAAUACCUGUUGCGCCUAUCGGAAAUUACAGAUAACAUUAACUUCAAUUGUGGUCCUGUUCUAAACUGGUUUGAGCUUGAUAACCAUGGCAACCAUUUGUUAUUGACUGACGAAUCCGCUAUCAAUGUGCCAGCGGUUGCUGCUGCUCAUGUCAUCAAGAGAUACACAGCACAAGGGGCUGAUGAAAUAUCAUUAGAAGUGGGAGACAUCAUUUCCAUCAUAGAUAUGCCUCCAGUCGAUGAGAGUAUCUGGUGGAGAGGAAAACGAGGUUACGAGGUUGGGUUUUUUCCAAGUCAGUGUGUUGAAGUUAUCGGUGAAAUGGCCAACAAUCAUCCUAUUCCCCAUGGACCAGGAAAGACCACACACAUGAAACCAGUUGCCAAAAAGCGUGGUAAAUUGAUGAGCUUUUUAAGGCUGUUUUUAUCRUCGAGACCUACCAGAGCAAGGCUAAUGCAAAGUGGAAUUUUAAAGGAACGUACGUUUGGCUGUGAUUUAGGAGAUCAUUUGGCGCAAACAUCUCGACAAGUUCCAUUGGUAUUGGAGGCUUGUUCAGCUGUYAUCGAAGAACAUGGUGUCAUCGAUGGAAUAUACCGUUUAACCGGCUCUACCUCUACUAUACAGAAAAUACGGUUGGCGUUUGACAGCGAAACCCCACCAGACUUAAAUACAGAGUUUUAUCUACGAGAUGUCCAUUGCAUCAGUGCUUUGCUAAAGACCUACUUCAGGGAACUGCCAAAUCCUCUCCUUACCUUCCAUCUUUAUGAUAAAUUCGUGAGUGCAAUCAACAUCACAGAGGAAGAGCAGCGCAAAAUCGCCAUUCAUCACGUGAUUCAACAGCUUCCUCCUCCCCAUUUCCGCACCCUGGAGUAUCUAUUACGUCAUUUGUCACGUAUAGCCUCGUUCUCAAGUCAGACUGGAAUGCAUGCUAAGAACCUUGCUAUUGUUUGGGCACCAAACCUCCUCAGUCCACGUAACCCAGACUACGGAAACACGGCGUUGUUGGAAAUCAACAUUCAGGCUAUUUUGGUGGAGUUUUUGAUMAGGAACACGGAGGAAUUGUUUGAUAUGAAUGCUGCUUCGAAAGCUAUUGUUUCAAAUCCCCAGUAUAAUACUCUACAAGAAAGAGGACCACAUCAUGGUCUGARCUUCGAUGCAGAUGCAGUAGCCCCUGGUACUCUAGGCCUGAGGCUAGCAAGUAUCUCUGUAUCUCCAGCUACUAAACUGAUCACGCUUGAAGAAGCCCGAGCACGUGCGAGUAGUGUACCCAACAAACCACCWCCYCGWCCACCACCACCUCGAUCUCUGAAUCURAAAUAUUCCGAUACUAUUAAGGAAGAACCACGCCAGGAAUUAGGAGAACCGUACCAGCCCCACACUACCCGCCGACCGGAGAGUGAAGUAUCAACUUUUAGCAACCGGAGUUCKAGAGGAAUAUUUAAUAGAACCAAAAGCUUCCCCUCCACAAUAACUAAGGCACAAGAAACUGAUAAUGGAACAUUUUUCUUUGUGAGUAAAGAGAACCCAAUAGAGGAUAAUGUUGAAAGUCCUUCAAGUGAUAUUGGGGACUACAAUCCUGUGAUUCACCAAGAAUCCUURAGGCAAGCUCACAGUGCUGACAACCUGUCGGCCGACACGGUUCCAAGUCGACAUGCRCGWAUCAGAACUAUUAAACAAGGAGGACAGCCAGUACCUCCUACACGGAGGUCAAAUAGAGCUGAAAUAGUUAGUAUAACUCAAACCGAAUCACCUAAACCAAAACAUCGCUAUUCSUUUACCAGUGGUGCCUCCAAUGUUUUCAAUAAAGCCUCGUCUUUGAAACGAGGUAGUGCUCCGAUUACGUGUGAAGGAUCACGGGAACGUUUGCCAAGUGCCGGCGCUCAGAUACGCCGACAUCCGGUGUUGACGUCUUUUAAGAAAGUUACUUCAGAGCACAGUGUUUUCUAUACGGAUGGAAGGGUAUCAUUGGACUCAUCUUUACAGAGAAGAGCUUCUACCGGAAGUCAUAGUGACGAGACGUCACACAAUUCUGUSACGACAGAAAAGCGACCGUUGUCAGUAUAUGACAAUCGACCUGUUUCUGUUUAUGACAACGUAAACCAACGUGAUUUACCAACACAACGUUACUCGUCGCCUGUAUUCAAUUGUAAAUCAAUUCCAGAAGAGAGUCGCUAUUCUAUGCCAGCGAACACUCGAACCCCUCCCCUCCCUAGAUCGUACAAAGGGUCUGGACCCGACGAAAGACUUGCAAUCACUGGAGCACGCCUAGCACAAAGUUCGAUACUAUAAUUGAGUUAGUUGAUUCACAUCCAAGACAGUUAAAACUUUACGACAGAUGAYUGACCUGUGCAAUUUUGCGAGGUCUGCUUCAGAUGUGAAUUAAAGACCUCACCGACAUGCUAGUUAUUUAAAAGAAAAAUUGUUAUUUUAACUUAACAAAACGGGAUUUCCUCGGAUGGGUAGAUCUUUAGGAGUAGUUUACGAUCAAUUUUUCAUCAGUUCUCUUUCUUUAUAAAACCUGUUGGUAGCCUGCGUUUCUGACGUUUCCUGCUAUGCACAGUGCACAGCUGUAUUUCGCGUUUCUUUUCAGGGACAUGGAUGUAAAAAAUAUUUGCUCUCUAGCUCAUCGACUUAUUUAAGGAGCACCGUUUUGUUAAGUUGCUUUUAAUUUUAUACAGAAAUGCCGGAUCGCAGUGUGUUCUUUUUUGAAUUCUAUAGCUAUAUCCGCGUUUGGUUUCGUUUCAUUAUGAAAAAAUAUUUUUUGAUAACAGAGUUAGUAAGAUAAUUAGGAACAUUCAUGGUAACUGAGUAAUAGUUGCAAAAGCACAUUGUAGAAAGCUAUUAACAUGUUUUAUAAUUAUGGGAUAACCCGAGAGGAGUGUAAUAAAUCAUUUUGACCUUUUCAGAUGUUUGGAAGGCGUAUCCCAAAUUGCUUUUAAGCGCAYUWAAACCAUGAUACAAUCACUAAACUGAGUAGAACAGAAAGGUGCUAUAAAUGGCUACCUCUGAUUGUUCAAAAGUUCCUACUUAGAAAUUUCACGGCUUAAGGUUUAUCUCUAUAAAUAGUAUUUCCUUACUGGAGAAAACAGCACGUGACUGAUUGCCUUGCUUUUUGGUCACGUGGUGCUUCCAGUUUGUUGACCCAUCGAACCUACGUUGCAGACGUUAUAUGUAGUUCAUUUUGUAGGGAGUCCCAAGCUACACAUGGAACGUCUGCAAUGGUGGUUACUUAAAACUAAUGCGACACAAAAAUGUUAAAAAGAGAAUCGCUUUAUUGAUGGCGUGAACCGUCAAUUUGUUCGCCUGGCGAGUAUAGAGGCUUUGAAGUAUUUCACGGGCGAGUAGACGUCGUUUUUAGCGAAAGGUGCGCAAAACCUAAUUUGUCAAUAAUAUUGAACGACUCUAAAGUUUUUUUGGUUCUUUUGCUUUUCUUUAUAAUGGAAUAGCACUGAAAAUAUUGAAUUUGAUUAUUUCCAUAAAUAAAUUGUUAUUCUAUUUA